AUGAGUGUAGCUGAUGAGUUGCGCGCUGAACGGGAGCAACUACGCUUGUCGAAACGCAAGGAGAACGACUUGAAAAAUUUUGUUAAGGUGUUGGAGCAAGAACUGCGAGAUGUUCGUGCUUCGGCCAAUAUGUCUAAAUCGACUCCCUUCAAUCCUAAGUUAAAACAUCUCGUUCUGGAUAAAAGUCCGCAAAAACGAAGUUCUCUCGGUUUCAACGAAUCAGUUGAUCUCAAUGAUGCCUUUAUCAAUUCCGCUCUGAGAAAACCUCCCAAGCCAGUUUGCGUGCGAGAGAAGGUCAGUUCAAAAGUUCGUAAACCAUUGUUCGACGAGUCUUCGGAUGAUGAUGGAGCUGAAAACACAGCCAACGUGUCACUAGAAUAUCCUUCGUCGUUGGACAAGAUGUCUAGUCCUGUAGUGCCGAAAACCUUGAGAGACCGAGUUUUGGCAGGAUCGGUUCAAAGUAAGCAGAAUGGAGUAGGAACAGCUCAUCGUGCUGCCGAGAAAGCCCUGGAGAGUUUGGAACUAAGGAAUAUAACAACAGUGUCGAGAACCGUAAGGAGGCCUUUGUUGAAGAGGAAGAACGAAAACUCGUUGGCGAAUCAGCGUCUUUCGCAGUACUUCGCAAAGAAACAGAAGAACGAUGAAGUCAUAGAGCUUGACGACUAA